AUGGCUCUGAACGCUAUAAAGAUGGCCGACCGUCAGCACUUCGCCGGGCGCUACAGGCUGGUCCCGGGGUUUGGCGAAGCUGCAGCACUCUGGAGCGCGGCUCAGCUACGUGGCCGGGUGAGAGCUCGGGAAGGCACCUGCGACGGCAGCGGCGCUGACAGAACUGCACCCCGCGCCCACCUGCAGCGGACUCACCUCUCUGGGGACCUGGGACCAGGAACCCGGAGCCAGGGCCGGGGGCGGGGCAGAAGCCGCUUGUCACGGACACUCCCACUGGCGGCUGAGGAACUACGUACGCUACGGGAGGGCCCGCCUCCUCCCAAGAGGGAUUGGCUCUUCGAGGCGUUCUCUCUGGCCUAUUGGCUGCUGGGUCUGUCGAUGCUGGCGAGAACGGCGCAGUGCACUCCGGGAGUUGUAGUCGGCUGGUACGACUUGCGAGCAAGCGCAGUGGGUUCGCUGCAGCCAGGUUCCCGGCUCAGACUUCUAGCCCCGCUGCUGAGCCAGCUUGGGGAGUCGGGAAUCCGCGCGUCCGAUUCUGGGAAGGACUUGAAAGUGCCUAAUAAGGAGACAGCCCCUUUGGGAGCAGCCAGAGAAUCACCGAGAUCCCACCUGGAAAAGGGGCUUCAUCCGGAGGUAUGGACCGCAGCGGGGUCCCGGAGCUCACACCAGAGACCAUGGGAACAGGCAGAAGCCUGGUUCACCCCGCAGGUUCCCAGGAACCUUCCUCAGAAGAGGGGCCUUGGACGCCAGGAGACAGGUGCUGUACUCUGCCCAGCCGGGGCUCAGGGACCAGUCGCGUGUGAGGACAGAGCCGUAUCCGUCCAUCAGGAAGGACAGGUGCACCUUGGCCCUACACAGAGGGCCCUGUGCAGGGAUGCUACACAGAAGAAUGACAGAAAUGCCUCACUGGGUAAGGGCGUACACUGGGUCUAUGGAGAGAACAAGACACUCCUGGCCAUUCCAAGUUACUCUCAGUUUUAUGAAAAACCCCAGACCAAUCAGCAGAACAGCCAGAUCUACAGGGUCAUGGUGGAACGACUCCAGGAGUAGGGGUUUCUGUGGACCCCAGGGCAGAGUUGCACCAAGUUUAAAAGCCUGCAGUUGAGUUACUGCAAUAUGAGGACAGGCUACGUGCCUGAACCUUGUAUCCUUUACAAGGAAACGGGUGCCCUUUCAAGCUCCUGGGCCUCUGAACCUACUAUGGCAAGUGACGCUGUUCCUGGCCAAGAGGGAAGUGAUGUCGAGGCUGGAAAGCUAAGCCAGCAGAAUGGGGAGCCCACAGAGGUUAGAGAAGGUACCACUAUGGAUGGUGCAGGCGGGGGAAAAGACUUCAGGGAUCCCGGCCAGGAAGUUAGGAGGGCUGGCCUGCCAGACCUGUUCCCAAACAGAUGUGGUUUUGAGAUCAAGAAAGAGAAUCUGAAAUGGGACGAUACAGAGGAAGCAGAAAUGAACAAGCCUCUUCAGAGAAAGUCUAGUGACAUUUUCUGGCACUCUGAGCCAGCCCCCAAACGGAAAAAGCUUCUAAACGUCACAAAUGUGGGAAAAGCUUUAGCUGAGGUUCUUGUUUGACAUCAAAGAAUCCACACAGGAGAGAAGCCGCACAAGCGCACUGAGCGUGGGAAAGCCUUCAGGGAUCAUGCCAGCCUCACUGCCCGCCUGGUGACUCACACAGGAGAGAGAUCCUGCCGCUGUGGGGCAGGUGGGAAAAGCUUCACCCAGAGCUCCGGCCUCACUGGCCACCAGAGGACCCGCACUGCGGAGAAGCCUCAUCAGCGCACUGGCUGUGGGGAGAGAUUCAACAACAGUUCCCAGUUUAGCACUCACUGGGGAGUCCACACUGGGGAGAGCCCGUACAGGUGUGGGCAGUGUGGGAAAAGCUCCAACAGCUGCUCCCACUUCAGUGCCCGACCAGAAAACCCACACCAGUGCUCUCAGCGUAAGAAAAGCUUCAGUAAGAACUCUGCCCUCAUUCGCCAUCAGUGGGUACACAUAAAAGUGGUACACACAUCACGGGAAGGAAGAGACACACUAGGAGUGUGCAGGAAACCUGACAGAUCGAUUCCUUAG